AUGAAGUUCAUCGCUUCUCUCGCUGCUCUCGCCAGUGUCGCUCUGGCUCAGAACGCCGGCAUCGGAUACCCCAAGGAGGCCCAGAAGCUGCACGCGGGUGACGAUGUCGUUGUUCAGGUUCAGCGUCCUAAUUCUCUGACCGGAUCGACCGAGCUUUCUGUUGCCAUCGGAAUCACCUCUUGCGUCUCCUCCCCCUGCCUCUCUCCCGAGGACACCAUGGGCAACAUUUUGUACCAUGGCGACUUCAAGCCUUCGUACCACGAGUCCAGCGCGCCGCCCUAUGAGAACUUCACCGUCAAGGUUCCCUCGUCCCUUAAGAACGGCAAGGCCCAAAUUAAUGUUGCCCACUUUGCUCUCGUUGGUGCAAGCAACUACCCAUUCCUGGAGACGCUCAACCGUACCGUCACCAUCGCUUAG